CGAUGGAUCCACGACUGCUACUCUUGACAUCAGCCUGCCUUCUUGAUGCGCAAGACGGCCAGAGGGCCUCGCAAAUCGUGGGUCUUCAAGCAGAAACACCAUCUACGGUGGAUUCCCAGGGCUGCCAAGGAUGCACUACAUCCGAAUCCUCAGACCGCCGUCAUUCGUCGCCAGCAGCGCACGCGGUGACGCGCAACUUCAGCUGCUGCUCACCAUCACUACCGACCUCGGGGAAUCGUUCCUAUACCCACUGCAGCCGGUAGAUCUGGAUGUUGUACUCUAUCUACACGGGUCAGUGGAGGAGAAAGGCGGCAUCAAGCUCCCCGUAGCCAAAGGCGAGAAUACGUUACGCUGGACGGCCGGCAGCCGGGUUCUCAAGACCAAGGUCAACCUCCCCCCGCAGGCCAGCAGCUCCGCGCGGCUCAGCCGGGCCGUCGUCUGCGUGCGGCCGCUGGAGAGGCGACUCUCAGCCUCGAGCGCGGCAGACGUCCUCUCCUCCUCCUGCGGACUGAUCAUGCCGCUCUAUGUGGCGCCGCGCUCGAACCAUCCCGAGGAGACCAUGGCUCUGCGCAGACUGAGGAUCCCGGAAGAUGCGGCCGAAGCCUCUCCCCUGUGUGUCGAGGUCGAGGAGGAGCUGGGCGAGAGCAUCGCUCGGCAUGUCUGGGACGCCGGGGUCUAUGUGGCGGUCUUGCUGACCAAGAUAUGCAGCAGCAGCAGUAGCAGCUCAUCUUACAGUAAUGAUGAGAAGAGUUGCAUGCCGGCAUUAGAGAAGAUUUUGGGUAGCAGGGAAAAGCUGGACGUGCUGGAGAUAGGCAGCGGAGUCGGUAUACUAGGAAUCGGGCUCGCGACGGCCAUCCUUGGGAGGCACGAGGAGUCCGCGAGCAGCACGAAACGGCCGGUUUCGAUCCUGAUGACGGAUCUGCCCGAGGCGCAGGACAGGGCGGCUGCCAACAUAUCACGCUACGAGGCAAUGGUAUCCCAAAGGCAGCGGCAGCGGCAGCAGCGUCCAACCGAAGACGAGGCAGCAAAAGAAGACGGCAACGGCGCCGACGCCGGCAGCCGGCAGGCCCCCAUCGUGGACUACGAGAACCUCGACUGGGAAGACGGGCGCGCGGGUGUGUUCGCGCCCAAGAUCCUCGCGCGCCCCUGGGAUCUCGUCAUGCUCAGCGACUGCACGUACAACGUCGACAUGCUCCCGGCGCUGGUCGAGACGCUGUCGGAGAUCCACUCAACCACCUCGCCGAAGCACACAAGCCAGGAGGAUGACGGCCACCACCACCACCUCCUCCACCACCCGCGCGUCCUGCUGGCCACGAAGCGGCGGCACGAUUCGGAAAAGGCCCUCUUCGACCUGAUGGCCGGGGCGGGCUGGUCCAUUGAGGAGAACAGGACAUUCGAGCUCCAUGAUUUCGACAGCGCGUCGCAGCAUAUUGAAGUCUAUCUCUUCGGGCGGAAGAGGCCAUGAGGCCCUUCCUCCCUCCUCUAUCAUACACCCCACCCCCCUCCCUGGUUCUCGCCGUGCUGCCUUUUUUUCCCAGCUUCCCGGGAUGGGGUGAACACAUCGUCCCUGUAGCUGGCGCCCCAACACAUACACGUCACGUUCCCCUGGGCGACCGCUCAUAUGUGUAGGCGUUGUUGACGUGCAUGCGUCUGGGUAGGCCGCAUCCUGAGGCCGGUACUUUUGUGCGCGUGUCCGUGUUGUCCGUGUGCGUCCACGUUCUACAUGUACACCACAGACAAAAACAAACAAACAAGACCGUUUAUGUUGCGCACGCCCGGCCGUGGGCAGCGAGCGGGUCGCGCGUCCAAAGAGGGGUAAUGGGAAAACAGCCCGACCGCCGACCAGGCCUAUAUGAGGCGUUUGCAUGGAGCAUCGAGACCCUCCCCAGGAGUCAUGGGCCGCAUCGAGACUUGGACGUGGAGCGAACAGACGACGGCCGGCGGGUGGGGGGAGGUUUUCUUUGCGUGGUCACUGGAGAUCAGCUGGCGGUGGGGUCGAUCGGUGGUCCCCUCCCCCCUUCGUCCUCGGCGUCGUCGCCCAGCGUCCCUCCGAUCGUGUGGACGGCCCGGCCUCCUGCUGUGCUGGCCACUUCCCCUCAGCCGUCCUCGUGCACCACGCUUUCUCUGGGUGUGGUGGGGAGAGAUGGGUGUGUGUGCCGUCUUGGGCAGGUACACGAUGCAUGUAGUCGAGCCUUUUUUGCUCUUUAUGCGUUGCCAGAUGCCGGUUUCCUGCUUUUUCGGCCUCGAAUGCCCCCUUUUUUUUCAUUCCUUCAGCCCCUCUUUGUUUUCCUUUUUAGAGCGCAGUGUCGUCAUUGCCUUUUUUGCUGGCGGAUCGCGUCAAGAUCUGAUCUUUUCCUUUUUUUUUCUUUUUUCCCCAAUCAUACCUCGUCCAUUUACCUACCAAAGCGCAGGGUCGCGCCCUGGUCGGCCAUUUACUCGCCAAGCGGGCUGUUUGCUAGGCCCAAGAAUGCUUUCCGCCAGCCCCGUCUCAUGGGCCCCGGAAUCAUGCAACAGAGCCCUGCCACGGCAUACCCGCGAGACGUCAGGGGGGGGGGGGGGAUUCUGGG